AUGUCGGCCGCUCUCUACAACCACGAGCCCGAGGCCUACAACGAGAAGGGACAGAUGGAGAAGGAGCAGAGCGCGAGGGAGAACCCCGAGGAUGGGCACCUCCGUCCUGUCAUCGCGGACGCCUUCGCCCUUCGCGAAGGCGAGGAAGGAGAGGACUUCAAGACGCUGGGAUGGUUCAAGGCGGGCCUGGUCAUCACGUGCGAGGCCAUCGCCCUAGGCACUUUGAGUUUCCCCAAGAACUUCUACGCUUUGGGUCUUGUGGGAGGACUUAUCGCAAACGCCGGCUUCGUGGUUAUCGCUUUCUUCACGAGCUGCGUGAUGGUCGACUUCAAGCUCCGGUACACCCACGUUCUCAACGCUGCGGACGCCGGCCAGGUCAUGUUCGGGAGGAUCGGAUUCUGGGUCUUGGGAAUCGCCAUGAUUGCUAAGUCCAUCGGCCUCGCGGCGUCGCACGUUCUCGCCGGAAAGAUCGCCAUCAGCACUUUCGACGGCGGCGCGAACUGCUCUAUCAUCUGGGCCGUGGUCAUCGCCGUAGUCUCCGCCGGCCUCUCCUACCACCGCAAGUGGUCCGGUUUGACGUGGCUGUCUUGGAUCUCCCUCACGUGCAUCGUUACGGCGUGCAUCAUCACCAUGGCGGGCGUAGCUACCCAGAACCCCGAGCGCCUCAUCAAGAACAACGUCCCGAUCGAGUGGCACGCCUUCAACCGCGAUGCGAAGCUGGUCGACUCGGUAGGAGCCGUUUUGAACAGCGUGUUCGCGUACGGCCAGGUCAUGGCUGUCCUGACCUUCCUGCCUGAGAUGCGUCGCCCGGAGACUUUCAAGCGCAGCAUGCUGCUCUCGCAGAUCAUCUCGCUCGUCCUCUACUCUGUUGUCGGCUCCGUCUGCUACGUCUACGCCGGCCAGUACGUCACGUCGCCGGCACUCACGAUGACGACGCACACUCUACGCAUCGUGUCCUACGCCUUCGCCCUCGUUACGAUCGUGGUUUCUGGAAUCGUGGCGUGCAAUGUUGGCGCCAAGUUCUGGUACACGACGUCGCUCCGCAACAGCGCGUUGCUGACCUCGAAGGGCGGACAAAUCGUCUGGCUCGCCAUCAUCGGCGCGAUGUGGACGGUCGGCUUCGUUUUGGCCGAAUUGAUCCCGUUCUUCGGCGACCUCCUCACCAUCGUGUCCGCCUUGACCUCGUCCUGGUUCGUAGUCGGGUUGGGCGGGAUCAUCUGGCUCCACCUGUACAAGAAAACGGGAAACCCGGAUGGCGGAUACUUCAAAACUCCCACACGCACGUUCUUCUUCUUCUUCUCGGUCCUCCUGAUCCUCAUCUCGUGCGCUUUGACGCCUCUCGGUCUGUACGCGGCCAUCGAGGGCAUCAAGAGCGGCUACGCCAAAGGCAAGUUCCACCACCCGUUCUCCUGCGCCGCCUAG